UCAUUACACCCUGGAAAAACAAGAAAACCCACUCUCACCAUGACAUCCGUGUCCAUGAUGAGUGUAUGACACCUUCUGAGCAGAGCUGUAGCUGCAUUUAGAGAUGCUGACCUCAAAUGACCAGCGUCUGUCUUUCUGUCUCAUUUAUUUCUUUAUAUUUUAGAGAUGACCUGUGCUUGGUGUUAAAUGUGACAUUUACAGUGAUGUUGUUUGUCUUUGUAGCAAAUAAAUACAACAUUUUUAUAUCUAAGCAUUUAGUAGAUAAAUAAGUUCAUAAAUAUGUGAAUUACUGACAUUUUAUCACCUUUCCCCAUAAUAAGAUAAGAGACAAACGGUCAGCGGUAAAACUUUGGGUCUAAAAUAUCUGCAGGUUCCUCUUUGUUGCUCUGCUUCUUUCUGUCAGUUUGGUGGUUUUAGUGCAGACAUGCGGAGAGCAGUGGUUUGUGUGUUUUCUUGUGAACCUGAUCUUUGAGUCAACUAAAGCACCAACAUCUGUAAAUGUCUCAUUAGCCUACAGUUUACAUACAGCAUUAAUUAUGACCUGUGAUUUUUCUUGUUCACCAUACUAUUUGUGGCUACUAUACAAGAAAGCAGGAAGUGUGUUAAAGCCACAGCGUUCAGUCUUAUCUGCAGCUUUCUGCCACUGACGGCUCAUUUCACUCAUUUCAUCUUGUGUGUCUCAGCCAUGUGGACACAGCAGACAAACUUCUUCUUGUUGGCCACAGUCUCUUAUGUGUCAGCUGCUGCAGAUGGUCAGAUCAGAUUAGCUGGGUCUGGGUCGACUCGCUGCUCUGGAAGAGUUGAAAUCUAUCACAACGACUCCUGGGGAACAGUCUGUGAUGAUGACUGGGACUUAAAUGAUGCUGAGGUGGUCUGCAGACUGUUAAACUGUGGAACAGCACUGAGUGCCACUACAAAAGCUCACUUUGGUGAAGGAACUGGGCAAAUUUGGCUUCAUUUUGCAACCUGUUCAGGAAAUGAAAAUUCUCUCAGUGAGUGUGAUCGCAAUGGACUGCCGAAACAAAGCUGUGGACAUCAUGAGGACGCUGGGGUCAUCUGUUCAGGUCCUCAGUUGUUGCUGACAGACUGGUCUGGUCCACAGGGACCAGAUCAUGUGAUUCUGGUCCCUGUGGUGCUCCUACUGGUAAUGUUGGUGGUCUGUCUGGUUCUGUGGAGAAGACGACGAACAAGGCGAUCCAUCCAAGUCCAAGUGGCUGUCACAACCAUAUGUGAGUUUGAUGGUGAGGAGAAAGAAGAGCAAGAGAUGGAUGAGAACGACUAUGUGAAUGUUGAGCCAGUGGAGACUGAAAGCAAAUGUACAGAGCAAGCAGAAGGAGUGGAAGACGAGACGACUGAUGCUCAUGAUUAUGUCGAAAUAGAGGAUAAAAAAGAAAGUAGUGAUAAUGAAAAUAACUAUGUAAAAGUAACAGAGCCGUGUGCUGAUCAAGCUGUGAACAUUUGUGGAGGACAACAGAUUUAUCAAAAUCUUUGACUUAUGUGAAAUAUUGGCUAAUUAAAAAUACAAAAUCAAAUUUAUUUCUGAGUUCCAAAACUGAAGAGGUGAGGGAAAAUGUCUGCAGACACGGGAACUUGGUGGUAGAGUGAGGAAAUUUGGGAAAGUAUUCAAUUGAAGAGGAUAACAAAGGAAAAAGGGGAACUUCAGGGAGAUGAGGAAAGUAGACAGGAGUACUGAGAGGCUAGGCGUAUAGGAAAGAGAGGUGGAAAAGGAAAUGGGCUUAUAGAGAGUCGUAUGUGAGGUUGAACACAAAGGAGGGAUAAACGGACUUAUACCAAUUGGCUAGGCAGAGAGAUCGAACUGGAAAGGAUGUGCAGCAGGUUAGUGUAUUUAAGGAGUGUACUAAAGGAAGAAGAGAACGAACAAUGAACUUUGAUGAACAAUGAUCCUGAGUACUGUACUGAUAAUAACCAAGAGGAUUAUAAUAUGGGUGCUGUACACCAGCUUUAAUAAAUUCUUUGUAAAAAAACUAGUAAAAAUUUAAAAUGAUCUUUUGCCUGCAGCUGAUUCUGGACUCAUCACUGUCCUCAUCCUCCUUGACCCAACAGCGUCCUGGGGCCUUUACUUUUAUUAUUAUGAGAUUCAAGAUUCAAAGAUUCAAAGUGUUUAUUGUCAUGUGUACAGAAUAAGUAGCAUUUCUCUGUGCAAUGAAAUUCUUCCUUUGCUGUCCAUACACAAAUGCCAAGUUAGGUAGGGUUGAAGGAACAAGAUAAAUAAGGUAAAAAUAGGGAUAAAAAAUAGUGAAAGAUAAAUAAAUACAAAAAUAAGUAAAUGAAGAAAAGUGAGGUAUGCAGUUGUCAAUUUAAAUGGAUGUAAAAAGUGUCCUAAUGUGCAAAAUGCAGUUGAGGUAGCUCAGCUGUUCAGGAGUCUGAUAGCAGUGGGGAAGGAGGAGUUGUUGAGUCGAGAUGUUCUGGAUUUCACAUUUCUAAACCUUCGUCUUGAGGGAAGAAGUGUGAACAGUCCGUGUUGAGGGUGUGUGGGGUCUCUAAGGCUCCGUCCACACUAAUGCGUUUUCUCUCCGUUUUGUGAAUGGGACUGAAAGUGGAAAUGGGAUUUCUUUUGUCUUUAUUUCUGGCAGAUUCAGUCACCACUAAAGCUGACUCCAUAGCCACGGCCUCGCAGACAUCAGGCUCUUGUGGGACAUAUGAAAUGUUUAAAGUAUAAAAACAUAAGCAGAGAAAAGACAUCAGUGGAAAAAAGAGAACACGAGCCAACGUGGAGAUUUAUUGUCCUAAAAAACUCUUAAAUAUGACAGGAUCAAACUGAAUCGCUGGUGGCCUCUCAUCCCAAAUAACUAACCUGAGAAGGCGUGGUCUUAGAGUAUUUAAACAAGCCUCUCACUUCCGGUCUUAGCGGUCUUUGAGUGCGUGGCGCUUGUGGACCAUUAAGGCUGCAGACCCUGAACUGGGAUACAGCCAGUGACUGUGUCACUGUCAGAGCUGAAGUGUGUGUGUGUGUGUGUGUGUGUGUGUGUGUGUGUGUGUGUGUGUGCAUAUUUAGACAUCUUUGUGACGACAGAAAAUUGGCAUGUUACUAUACUUGUGGUUGUGGGGACCAACAGCCCUUAUGGGGACAAAAUGCCCGUCUUUUGAGGCUCCAAAUGUGGUUUUAGGUUCAGGGUUAGUUUGGUUAUGGCAGUGGUUCUCAAACUUUUUACACAUGGCAGGAAGAAUUAUUUUUACGCCCCAUUUUAAAAAAACAAUGACAGAAAAGCUGAGCUGCAGCUUUAUUUAGAUAAACUCAUUCACAAUAAUUCGUUUGGUAAUUUUUGUUUUGAAUAAACAACUUUCAUUUCAAGCAACUAUUUGUAACUUUUGUCACUACACUUCUACAAAAAAGCAACAAGUUAAACAGAAUGUGAAAGUUGCCAAACACAGCAAAAUAAAGUCCAGGCUUAGCCUUUGUUGGGAAGCAACAAUGUAGCAAAGUGUGCCGCAGGUUACCUCUCUAGCGGCCAUCUUGUUUUCCCAGUAAAGAGGAGGCCUGCCUCGGUUGCAGCUCUUUUAUAGGCCAGUCUGAAAUGAGAAGGCGUGGUCUUAGAGUAUUUAAAGCUGGCAGGAAGUGGAUUGGAGGCCAUUUUGAGAAGUUGUUGUCUGUAUGUGCAAGAAACAAUAAAGUACUUCAGUUAAGACAGAGCGAUGUCUGCCUCACCACACCUCUCUGCGUAACAGCCUUAUAAAAAAACAGUCAUCCAGAAACUUGUGAACAGAGAUGAAAAAUAUAUAAUUCAGUGACAGUUUAAUACUAUUUACUCUUAGCGGCU